AUGCUCUCAUCUACGCUCCUCGUCGCCCUGAGCGCCGCCCUCGUAGCCGCCUCGCCCGUCUGGCCGCGCUUCACCGUCGCCAACGAGCACUUCGAAGUCCUGGCGAUGCGAGCGUCGACGGAGGUGAACCCGGACGCCGCGUCGGACGUGACGUGCAUCGAUCCCAAUGCCACCAUCGCCUUCCACGACCAAAACGUGGCGGAGCUGGGCAUCUGCGGCGGCAUCGCCGGCUCCAUCACUAAGUGCCAGGGCGCGCCCACGAGCACCGUGGGCGAGUCGGCCACCGCCAAGUUCUCGCUCAACGCCGUGACGCCCGGUGCCACCAUCAACGUCUCCAAGGGACGGUGGGAGCAGUGCGUCCGCGCCGCCCAGGCCGUCUGCCCGACUGGGAGUCUGAGCGCGACGUGCGCCGGCGGUGCGUCUUCGGGCGAUGUGGCUUUCACCCUUGAUUCGACGGCCUAG